AUGCCUCCUGCUGCCCCACCCGACGAGCCUCAAUGGCCCCCUCGAUCCCCUCACGAAGCCCUCAUCAGCACACCAGGCGGGCGCGAUCGCUUAAGACGACUUGCGAACCGAACAUCUCCCUCUCCAUCGCCGCUGAAAAGAGGACGAUCGAUGUCAGCUUUAUCGUCACGGUCGGCAGGUUUGAUGGAGGAAAUGGACGACCAAGAGGAAGACGAGGAUGAAGAGACUCUUCAACUUAAAUUACAGGAAAUUCAGGCGAGGUUAAAAUUGAAAAAGUUACAGAGCGCAAAGGAGAAGAAUGCAGGGGCUAUGUCACCCAGACGCAGGACGCCUCCGCCCGCGCUUCCAAGACCAGCAUCAAGAGGAUUGGGGCUCGGCACAAGUCGACCAGCAUCGAGACCACUGUCCUAUCCUGCAGUUGAGGUACCUGUCUCUCCUGUAAGGAAGAUGCAGCCUCCACAGCCUCAAACAUCGCCCAGUCGGGUUCUCCUCGGCAUUGAUAAGGGCCUCAAAGCGAAGGAUAUUUCGUUGAAAAGAGCCCCAAGUGUAUUGCGCAGAAACCACAAUUCGCAGGACGGGCAAUUCGGCGGUUAUCUUCAACGAUCAAGAACUCCUGGCCCUCAGUCUACAACAGAAAUAUCUCGGCCCCUGAGCUUUAACGAGAGGUUAGCUGCAGCAAGGACAACAGAAACUGAUCGCCAAGAAUUAAGAGACAGAGUUCAGCGCGUCAGGACUGGUGCUUUCGAAAUUGGGCAGAAGGAAAUCGAUGAAUACAAAUCGAGGGCAGUCGACCUCCCCGAACAACCCGACAUUGCGCCAAAAUUCACUCGAGAAGACAUACUUGGACACACAGCCGCCGAAGAGGAUGACCAAGCCGAACGCAACGGGCAACUUGCGCUCCCUGCACCGCCGCCAAAAGAUGAGGACGACCCACAAGGUCUUUACGAGCCUCCGCCUGAAUCGAUGAUGGCUGAGGCUAAGUCGAAGAACACCAAAAAGGUCGCUCCUGCAGACAUUCCUGAGGCUGAAGCAUCAGCGUUUGAACCAUACUCUAGCUUCCAUCUUUCACAACGCAUCCUACCUCACCAGGUCCUUACGAGGCAUCUCUCUGGGAAGAAAAUCUUCAAGGUGCCAGACUUGUUACGAAAAGUCAAAGCUCCCGAUUUCCAACUUCCAGACGUUGAGCAGGAUAUUGUUGUCUUUGCCAUUGUGGCCAAGAAGUCCGAACCACGGUCACACAAGCCACGGCCAGAUCAAAAUGGAAGUAAGCAAUCGGACAGGGGGAAGUAUAUGGUACUUACCCUUUGUGAUCUGAAAUGGGACCUGGAGUUGUUUCUCUUUAACUCAGGGUUUACUCGGUUCUGGAAGAUCACAGAAGGCACAGUGCUAGCCAUCCUGAACCCUACCAUCAUGCCGCCUCCAGCAGGCCGUGAAGCAACAGGUCGAUUCAGUUUGGUCAUCAAUUCCGACGCUGAUACAAUCAUGGAAGUUGGGCGCGCUCGCGAUUUGGGCUUCUGCAAGUCUACCAAGAAGGACGGCGAAUACUGUAACUCGUGGGUUAAUAAGAAACGGACAGAAUUCUGUGAGUUUCAUACCAACGAGGCAAUCACCAAGCAGCGAGCAACCCGUUUGGAGGUUAACUCGAUGGAUUUUGGGGGCAUUGGGGAGAGACAUCGAUUCAACUCCCGCUAUAUCCGAGACCCAGAUCCGGUCGAACAAAAGAAGCGUCAAUAUGACCGAGAGACGCACAGCCAUUGGUUUGCAACCAAGUCGAUGAGCUCUGCGCAGCUCAUUGAUGGAGCACAAGCCCUUGCAGAUCGAAGGGAAAAAGAAGAAGGGCUGAAGAAGCGAAUGCUGCAGCAGGAGCGGGAAAGGGGCAUCAUGCAGCGUCUGAGUAAAAUUGGGGCCGGAGCAGGAAAGGAGUACAUGAAGAGAGCGGAUCGUAACAUUGCCUCCAGUGCAUCUUCAUCUUUCCCUCCACCAUCAAUCCCAUCAUCCAGGUCUACUGAAGAGUCACAUGGGCUUAACGCCAAGUCUUUAGGUCUAAUGGCCCCCAGAAGCAAAGACCUGGCCAUACAUCUAAGCCCUGUCAAGCGCAAGAGGCCACAGAGCGCACAAUCCAGUUCUUCGGUAGGAGCUGCGGCAUCAGCAACGAGUGGUGCGAAGUCUGGUUUUGGAUGGGGCGGCAAUCUCAAGGAUAAACUUGCCAAGAUGAAAGAAGGCGAGAAGCUGAGCAACGACAAGCCUCCGGUGCGGAAGAAGACGAGAUUUGUGACAGAGAAGGGUAUCCGCGAGGCCGGGCGAGAGAGCUUGGGAAUGGACCUGCCACAGACGGUCUCCUUUGAAGAUGACGAUGACGACUUGGUUAUUCUCCGGUGA